AUGGGGGGGGCUGUGAUUGUGAUAGAGGCCUGGGAGGCCCAGGAGGUCCAGCCGUCGGUCCGUAGCGAGAUGUGCGGCGACCUUCCAUCCGGAGAGUUCCGCCGGCUCGGCGGGUUCGUGCGGGAGCGGGAACGGAGCGGUGCCGGGCUCUGCGGGCCGGGCCCUGCGGGCCGGGCCCAGCGGGACGGCCCCGUAAUGAGCGGGCGCGGGGACGCGGGCGGGGCUGAGCGCGGCGGCCAGCGGGACGCGGGGUUAAUCACGCCUCCGCCAGGCGACGGAUCGCCCGUCAGCGUGCACCGUGGAAGCACGGUCCUGCUGUCAGUGAUGCUGCGUCACCGUGGAAACACGGUCCUGCUGUUAGUGAUGCUGCGUCACCGUGGAAACGUGGUCCUGAUGUUAGCGAUGCUGCGUCACCGUGGAAACGUGGUCCCGCUGUUAUCAGUGCUGCGUCAACGUGGAAACACCUGCUAUGAAAUGACCUUGGAACUCCAUACUUUAGUGAAAUGGCCGUCUCACCUCAAGUUGAGAUACGACAUGUUGUGGACUGUUGGGUGUAAUUUCGGAGUGGGCGGAGCACUAGUGGCUCCACGGAUCCGUGAUGGGACGUCCUGCCCCGUCACAGAGGAACACGGGCGGGACGCCCGUCAGCCAAUCGCCUCCAGGGGCCAAACAAACACCAGCCGGAGUUUCCCCGGAAUGCCGGUUGUCACGUCGGAGUGUCGGAGUGCCGGAGUCUUUGAAGAGGCGCGGAGCUUCGGGUGUUAUUGCAGCCUCCCGGUCAUCGCCCGGCGACCCGCUCUGUCUGUGGUCCCCCGAGCCACAUAUGAGCGGGAGAAGGAGCCGGAGUUCUGGAACUCUCAGGCCAGAGAGACGCUGCACGCUGCACUGAGACUGCAGCCCCGCGUGCACCGAGCCAAGAACAUCAUCCUGUUCCUGGGAGACGGUAUGGGCGUGUCCACAGUGUCGGCAGCGCGGAUCCUGAGGGGUCAGAUGGUGGGGGCGUCGGGAGAGGAGACCAAGCUCGCCAUGGACACCUUCCCCUACCUCGCCCUGUCCAAGACGUACAGCGUGGAUAAGCAGGUUGCGGACAGUGCCAGCACGGCGACUGCGUAUCACUGCGGGGUGAAGGCCAACGCCAAGACUCUGGGCCUCAGCGCCGCCGCCGUCCCCUACGAGUGCAACUCCACCUUCGGCAACGAGGUGUACUCUGUACUACACCGAGCCAAAGCACAAGGGAAGUCCGUGGGCAUCGUGACCACCACGCGCGUCCAGCACGCCUCCCCGGCCGCCUCCUACGCCCACUCCGUCAGCCGCAGCUGGUACAGCGACUCAGACCUGCCCUCUAGUGCCCGCAAGCAGGGCUGCACUGACAUCGCCACGCAGCUCGUCAACAACACCGACAUCGACGUGAUUCUGGGAGGGGGCAGGAUGUACAUGACCCCGAAGGGAACCCCCGACCCGGAGUACCCCUCCUCCAGCUCCCGCAGAGGAGACCGCAAGGACAAGAGGAACCUCAUACACCAGUGGCUGAACGGCCGGGAGAAUUCCCAGUACGUCUGGCACAAGGAGCAGUUUGACGCCGUGGAUGUGAACUCCACCGAUCGUCUGAUGGGCCUGUUCGAACCCAAGGACAUGCGCUUCGAGGUGUUUCGCAACAGCACGAGAGACCCCUCCAUCGUGGAAAUGACGGAGAAGGCCAUUCAGAUCCUCAGCAAGAACCCCAAAGGAUUUUUCCUUUUCGUAGAAGGCGGGAGAAUCGAUCACGGGCACCACGACGGCGUGGCGAAGCUGGCGCUCACGGAGACGGUGAUGUUCGACCUGGCCGUGCAGGCGGCCGCCCGCGUCACCACGGAGACGGACACGCUCACCGUCGUCACCGCCGACCACUCCCACGUCUUCACCUUCGGCGGGAACACCCCCCGCGGAAACCCCAUCUUUGGUCUGGCCCCGAAGAAGGCGGAUGACAGCAUGCCGUUCACCAGCAUCCUGUACGCUAACGGGCCAGGCUACAUCCACAUCAACGGCACGCGCGGGAACAUCAGCGCCGUGGACUACUUGGAUGAGGAGUAUAUGCAGCAGGCAGCAGUGCCUCUGGACUCUGAGACGCACGGUGGAGAGGACGUGGCCAUCUACGCCAAGGGCCCCAUGGCGCACCUGUUCCACGGGGUGAAGGAGCAGAACUACAUCGCCCACGUUCUGGCGUACGCAGCCUGCCUGGAGCCGUACACCGACUGCCCCCCCGCCCAGCCCCCGUCCCCGACCCCGCCUCCGUCCGGCAGCCCCGCCCACUGCCACUCAGCCCUGCUGCUCUCAUUGGCUGCCCUGCUGUGGGCCCUCUCCUCAUGA